UGUGCAGCGCGUCUAAAAGCUGCAGCUCUCCCCGCCCUCCAGAGGGCAUGAAGAAGUUCAGUGAGACGAGUGGACGCCGCUGAGCACAGCUACCAUGCCGUGCACAGGCUUCAAAUAAGGACAAAGUUUACACAUUCGGUACCAACCUUCUGUUUCCACCGACAACAUGGAGUAUUGGAGGCAGUGUGCGAUGUGGCUAAUCAGCUGCAACGUGCUGCCCGCCAACCACCGGGUGACUGCGGACACCGCGCAGGUGUUCGAUCUGGCACAAACCCUGCGGGACGGGGUGUUGCUGUGCCAGCUGCUCAACAACCUGAAACCUCACACCAUCAACCUGAAGGAGAUUAACCUCAGGCCGCAGAUGUCACAGUUCCUGUGCUUGAAGAACAUCCGCACAUUCCUGACGUCUUGCUACGAGGAGUUUGGGAUGAGGAAGACUUACUUGUUUGAAGCCUUUGAUCUCUUCGAUGUUCGAGACUUUGGAAAGGUGAUGGACACUCUAUCCAAGCUCUCCUACACAGCAACUGCACAGCAAGGAGGAUUCAAGCCAUUUCCAACAGAGGAGAGCCUGAAAGACGAGGACAUUUACAAUAAUCUGGAAGACUUGAUUGAUGAGAAUGAAAUUGAAGGCGAUGACGACUUGUAUGCAGCGGUCUAUGGUCUGGUGGAAGACUACGCAGGGGGAGAGAUCUAUGAAGACCUUAUGAGAGCUGAGCACCAUCCCCCAUUGACGCAGGCGGAGGUGGAUGUCCGGAGUUGCUGCCUCACAGAGAUCAAACAGACGGAGGAGAAAUACACAGAGACCCUGGAGUCCAUCGAGAAGUAUUUCCUGAAUCCUCUGAGGACAUUUUUCUCUGCAGCUGAAAUUGACAAAGUUUUUGUCAACAUACCGGACCUGGUUAGAGUUCACAAGAGCCUGAUGGUCGACGUGCAGGACUCCAUCUUAAACAAAAAUGCCUUAAACCUCUACCAGAUAUUCAUCAGCUACAAAGAAAGACUGCUCAUUUAUGGGAUGUACUGCAGUCGGGUGGAAAUCUCCAUUGCUGUUUUAGACCUCAUCUGCAAAGAGAAAGAGGAUAUCCGUCUGAAGAUGGAGGAGUGCUCUAAGAGGGCCAACAAUGGGAAGUUUACACUGAGAGAUCUGCUGGUUGUCCCGAUGCAGAGAGUCCUCAAGUACCAUCUACUUCUUCAGGAGUUAGUCAAACACACUCACGACGCUGCUGACAAGAGCAACUUGAAGAUUGCACUUGAUGCCAUGAAAGACCUGGCUCAGUUUGUCAACGAGGUGAAGAGAGAUAAUGAAACUAUCAGGGAGAUCGACCAGUACCAGCGGUCUAUUGAAAACCUGAAUCAGCCUCUAAUCAACUUUGGUCGCCCCAAAGGUGACGGGUUAGUGCGCAUGGUCUCCAGUGUGGACAAAAGGAAACAGGACAGACACAUCUUUCUGUUUGAUGUCGCCAUCAUUGUUUGCAAGAGAAGAGGAGACAACUAUGAGAUGAAGGAAAUCCUCGACCUCAACUAUUUUAAGAUCACAAACAACCCCACCACGGACAGAGAGAGUAAAAAGUGGUGCUACGGGUUCUACGUGACUCACCAGCAAGGACACACAGGCUUUGAACUCUUCUUCAAGACCAGAGAACUGAAGAAGAAGUGGCUGGAUCAGUUUGAAAUGGCCAUAUCAAAUAUUCGCCCUGAGAAAGCGAACCACAACUCCCACCAGUUCAAGAUGCACACCUUUGAGAGAAUCACUUCCUGUAGUUUCUGUCAUCUCUUGCUCAGGGGCAUCUUUAACCAGGGUUAUCUCUGUCUUAAAUGUGGGCUGGGGGCUCAUAAGGAGUGUCUGGGUCGACUGGGAAUCUGCGGGAGAACAGAUUCCACCAAGCUCAAGUCCAAGGGUACUUGCUCCCCCCAACAACAGGAAAUCACAACACCACCACACUCAGGUUUACCCAGGAUGGUUGUGAUCAGAGACUACAGUGGCAUCCCCUAUCCGCAGUGUGGGCCCCCACUAAGCAUUCAUGCGGGGGAUGUCAUUGAACUGAUGUUUGCCGACCUGCAAAGCUCCUGGUGGCAGGGAAAAAUUCUGGCAACGAGCAAGAUUGGCUUCUUUCCAAGUGAUGCUGUGAGGCCAUGCCCAUGUGUUCCAAAACCUGUCGAUUACUCUGCCCAGCCCUGGUUUGCAGGGCCUAUGGAGAGAUACCAGGCAGAGGUGGAGCUUCUGGACCGAGGAAACAGCACCUAUCUGAUUCGACACAGGAGUAAAGAAUGCACUGAAUAUGCCAUCAGUAUAAAGUUCAACGAUAAAGUCAAGCACAUUAAGAUUCUGACUAAGGAUGGCUGCUUCUACAUCGCUGAGAGCCGGCUGUUCAAGACUGUGCUGGACUUGGUGGAAUACUACAAGCAGUACUCACUAAAGGAGGGUUUCAGCAGUCUUGACACCACUCUGCAGGUCCCCUAUAGGGAGAUGUCCAAUGGAAACAUGCCAAAGACCAUUACCAAGGCUGGCAGUGUUCCUCUUGGCGGCUGCAGCUUUGUUCCUCCCUCCUCCUCGCCUUUCUGGUCAGUGUUUUCCCCCAGGGUUGUCAGUAUUGCAGUGGCACGCUAUGACUUCAGCUCCAGAGACACGCGGGAGCUUUCCCUGCAGCAGGGGGACAUCAUCAAGAUCUACACCAAGAUGUCCAAUGGGUGGUGGAAGGGAGAGGUCGACGGCAGGAUGGGCUGGUUCCCGUACACCUACGUGGAAGAGGAGGACUGACUGAGCUCAGUGUACACUCAAAGUCGACCUCCUCUUGUGAGCGCCAUGCUGCUCAGCCACUCUCUGUGCCCUGCGAGUAAGAUCUAUUUGAUAAAAAUCCCAGAGACUGAAACUGAAGAGGACGCGGUGAUGCCCUCAAAAACGUUCUCUUGCCCUCUGACAGACUCUCACACAGAGCAGAUGUCAAAUCACAGAUUCCAGGAGUGUCACGCCAUAUCUCGCCUCUCUGCGGCCCUGUCUGUCCCCCGGUCCCACUGGGAAGUGCAUGUGCUGUACCCAGAUAACCCUCACUCCCCCUUUCCUGUUCACCUUGUCUUAUUAUUGAUGACUACAUUGGCUGGUGUGAGACUUACCUUCACUGUCAUCAUGCUUUAAUACCAGGAAGGCUCAGUCACCCACCUGGAACACAGAGCCUGCUGACAGCGUACGGCGCAGGUACCGCAACAAAUUGAAAUGCAGGAAGUGAGGAGGUUGACUGCUGUUGGAACAAUAAAACCCUCUUGGCUGUUCAGAUGUUUGUGUUCAACUUUCUGUCUGACUUUUUAAAGUGAAAAUCACUGGACUGAUUUAACCUACUGUAUGUGAUAUUUAUAUAGUUUUGCUGAGUUUUGAUUUGACACUGUUUGAUGAAGGAUUGCUCCGUUAUGCACAUGUGGUGUUAUUGCAAUCUUAAAUCUUGUGAGGCCAGAUGUGAUUUGGUCAUAUCAUUGCAGGAUAAUGUUGUACAAAGUUAUGGAAUCCACCACUGAUAAAAUUAUGUCUCCAUGCUUC